CAAGUUGACCGAGAUAGACUCAGUCGUUGCCCAAUCGUCUUCUGUGUUCCGCUCCUUCAGUGACGUAGGGGCAGAACCAUCGAAUCCCUGCCCAGAUAAACCUCCAAAGGGACUUGAAGCAGGAUUAAGCGCGUCUACCGGACCUGCUAGGGUCGGGACACGGGAGGCGGCGGGAUGUCCUGGUCUGGCCUUCUCCGUGGCUUCAACACAUCCCUAAGCAGUGGCCUAGCCUUGGUUCCCCGGCUCUGGGCCACACGCUCCAUGGCUACCCUGAACCAGAUGCAUCGCCUGGGGCCUCCCAAGCAGCCGCCUCCGAAGCUGGGCCCCACCGCAGGCAGGCCACAGCUGAAGGGUGUGGUUCUGCGCACAUUCAUCCGGAAGCCCAAGAAGCCCAACUCUGCCAAUCGCAAGUGCUGCCGUGUGCGGCUCAGCACAGGCCGCGAGGUUGUCUGCUUUAUCCCUGGGGAGGGCCACAGCCUGCAGGAGCACCACGUCGUCCUUGUGCAGGGUGGCCGCACCCAGGACCUGCCGGGCGUCAAGCUCACCGUCGUGCGUGGCAAGUAUGACUGUGGCCAUGUGCAGAAGAAGAAGUAACCCCAGAGACCGUGCUGGGCUGGGCACCUGUGCCGAACUAGAACCUUCCUCUCUGGACUCCAGCAGAGUCCGUGGACGCUAGCAAUUCCAGCUCCAGAGGCAGCCAGUCCUGGGUUCCAGUUCUUGCUGCACUUUUCCGUCAGGACCACCAUUAGCUCAAGGGGUUCCUGGGAAUUAGAAAAAGGCACCUCUCCAUCCACAUCCCUGGCUUCUGUGUUUGCAGAGGUGGCACGAAGGACCUCUUUCUGGGAAGACACUGUCCUGCCACCUGCCAGGCAGGGGUUGUAAUAAACACAGGGCUGUGAUGUGACCCUCCCCAUGCA